AUGGCCUGGCUGUGCUUCGAGAAGUCGCGGUGGACGACGGUGGCGAUGCUGGCGGUGAUGAAGGCCGGCGGCGCGUUUGUGCUGCUGGACCCGGCGCACCCGACGGCGCGGCUGCAGAUGAUUUGCCAGACGGUGGGUGCGCGGCUGGUGGUGGCGUCGGCGGCGCAGCAGGUGCGGGUAGCGGGCCUGGCCCCGACAGUGGUACCGGUGGGCGACGACCAGGAGGCCGACUGGCCACGAGGCCCGCAGCAGCCAUGGGAGGGAUCAGCCGUGACCCCCGACAACGCCCUCUACGCCGUCUUCACGUCCGGAUCGACCGGGACGCCCAAGGGCGCGGUCAUCCCGCACGCGGCCUUUGCCACCAGUGCAGACGCCCACCGCCACGGCUACUAUCUCACAGAUAAGUCCCGCGUCUUCCAGUUUUCGUCAUACGCUUUCGAUGCUAGUAUUGUUGAAAUCAUUACCACAGUUCUAGUUGGCGGCUGCGUAUGUAUUCCAUCAGAUACGGCCCGUCAGAAUAACAUUUCGGACGCAGGGGCAAGGCUAAAUGUGACAUUUGCUCAAUUAACUCCAUCGGCCGCCAGGCUUAUCGAGAAAGGGAGUAUACCGACACUCGAGACACUGAUAUUUGGUGGUGAGCCAGUUACUGUUAGAGAUAUUGCACGAUGGGAAGGGCAGCAAGAACUCGUCAAUGGAUACGGCCCCGCUGAGUGCUCCGCGAUCUCGACGGUUCACCCACGGCUUAGUCAAGAGGGCGAUGCUGGCAACAUUGGAUGGGCGGCUGCCUGCGUGACCUGGGUGGUGGACCCUGCGGACCCCGCGCGGCUGCUACCGAUCGGGGCGGUGGGCGAGCUGCUGAUCGAGGGCCCCAUCGUCGGGCGCGGCUACCUGAACGACCCGGAGCGGACGGCGGCAGCCUUCAUCGCGCCCCCGGCCUGGCUAUGGCAGUUCCGUGGCAGCGACAACACCCCACCCGGCGGCACCACUGAUGCUCCCCGGUUGUACAAGACGGGCGACCUGGUACAGUACGCCGCGGACGGGUCACUGCGGUUCGUGGGGCGAAAGGACACGCAGGUCAAGCUGCGCGGCCAGCGCAUCGAGCUCGGCGAGGUGGAGCACCACACGCGGGCGCGGUUUGCGGGCGCACGCGAGGUGGUGGCGGAGGUGGUGACGCCCCGCGAGGCCGGACGGCCACCCGCCCUGGUGGCGUUUGUGUGGGUGGACGGGCCGGGCCAAGGUGAAGACCAGGGCACCGCACAGGACCCGAGUGACGUCCUCGCGCCGCCCAGCGCCGCGUUCCGGGCAGCCGCCACGGCCGCCGAGGCCGCCCUCCUCUUUAAUCAAAGGCUACGCUAG